GUGUUGUUUGCUUCUAUCUGGUCUUCCCUGGGGGUCUCAUCCAGCCAGACCCCCACAUGCUUAUUACCAUAGCCCCGUGUGAUUGGAGCAGAGGGAAGGGGGCGUGGUGUGAGUGCAAGCUCCUUGCCCAGUUGAUGUUUUGGGCAGGGAGAUGGCUUGCUGCUCUCCAUAGACCCUGGCACUUCUCAAAGUGUAUCUAAAGUGGCCACCUGCUCCCCCUUCCCGCGGGUCAUGGCAGACUAGCCCUCAGCAGAGGAGGCAGCCUGUGCCCCAUACCCCAUGCCUGUGUGGGCACUGAGUGCAUGUGGGCUCCCAGGGGACACAGCAGGGCCAGUUCCCGUGGCUCCCACUUGCUCCACCUCCAGGCUGUGUCUGUGGCUAUGAAGCACCAUGGUCUGGUGUGAUCGUGGGGUCCAGAUGCUGCUGACCACAGUUGGGGCUUUUUCAGCCUUCAGCCUGAUGACCAUAGCCAUUGGCACGGACUACUGGCUGUACUCCCGGGCUCACAUCUGUAACGGGACCAACAUCAGCAUGGAGGACACCCAGAGCCAGCCCAAAAAGACCAAGGGGGACCUCACCCACUCCGGACUCUGGAGGAUCUGCUGCAUUGAAGGCCUCUACAAAGGAAAUUGCUUCCGAAUUAAUCAUUUUCCAGAGGAUAACGAUUACGAUCACGACAGUUCUGAAUAUCUAUUACGAAUUGUUCGCGCCUCCAGUGUCUUCCCAAUCCUGAGCACCAUCUUGCUGUUACUUGGAGGGCUGUGCAUUGGUGCAGGGCGGAUUUACAGCCGAAGGAAUAACAUCAUACUCAGCGCCGGGAUACUGUUUGUAGCAGCUGGGCUCAGCAACAUUAUUGGGAUUAUUGUGUACAUAUCGAGCAACGCAGGGGAUCCCAGUGAUAAAAAGGAUGAAGACAAAAAAAAUCAUUACAACUAUGGCUGGUCCUUUUAUUUUGGGGCUUUGUCCUUCAUCGUGGCAGAGACUAUAGGGGUUUUGGCUGUAAAUAUUUAUAUUGAAAGGAACAAAGAGCUGAGGUUUAAAUCCAGAAGAGAGUUCAUUAAAACCUCUUCAUCCUCCCCCUAUGCCAGGAUGCCGAGCUAUAGAUACAGACGGAGGCGAUCAAGAUCCAGUUCCAGAUCUACAGAACCUUCUCCAUCCCGGGAUGUGUCUCCAGGUGGCAUGAAUGCAAUCCCCAUGAGUGAGAUUUCCAUGUACACGCUUUCCAGGGAACCAUUAAAAAUCACAACGGCUGCCAGCUUCAACCCCGACCAUGAGGCCAGUUUCCUGCAAGUCCACAACUGCUUCCAGAAAGAGCUAAAGGACGGCAUGAGCAUCAAUGUAAUAAAUCGGAGGACAACCCCGGUCUGAGCAGCUGGGGAACCUGCACUAUCACAGAUAACGGACAGUAACUAUCCCUGGUGGUUAUCCCUUAAGUGCCCCAAUCGUGCCACAAAAAUAACACCAACUCUCCACCCAAGGAUCCAGAAGAAGUCAACUUAAAAAUUGCCACAUGUAAAGGAGUACACCAAAGGAUUACAGAAGGAUUUGGCAAAGAUUUUGGCAAUCUGUCCCCUGAACACAUACUCCACAGCCAACUGUUUGGUAUUUGAUGCCUUGGGAUAGGUCCUAAAGCUGUUUUACUCUCAAGAUGGGGCCGAUUCGCUAAAGACACCUUCGCCAUAAGUAAAAGGCAACCCAAAACUAAAUAAAAAAGCAAAACAAAAACAAAAGAAAGUGUUGCAACCAGAUAUGUUGCCAAAUAAGCCAUGCUGAAUAGUGACCAAAUACUCUGUAUAAUCAACUCUGCAAGGAUAGUGGUAUGUCUUAAGGUUUAUGACUGGGGCAACCCUACUCCUGGGGGGCUAGAGGUGAUUCCACAGAUUGCAUAUUGGUAAUCUGCAUUUAUAUUCAUUAAUUAGUAUAAACCUGGGUUGUGUACUGUUAAUGUUUAAUUUAUUUAGCAGCUGCUAAUUUGGUUAAAUCCAAGAGUAUGCAGAGUACUUGUUAUUCCUUGGGAGGGGGAGGGUGCAAUAUUAGAUGUCUGUUAUUAGGACUCCCUUGUCCAUACACAUUUUUUUCUAAUAAGCCAGGUAUACAAUUACAUACUGUGCAUUCAAGGCAUGCAGACCAACAGCUGCCCAAAAUUCUUUUAACAAAUGUCUCACUUGUGCCAUUAAACCAUUGGUAGCACCAUUUAAAUAAGCACCUGCCAUAUGGAAGUCCACCAAGGUCAACAGAUGUAUUUUUUUCCCCAAAAAUAGUUGAAAUGGAAAAACUCUCCAACUGAACUAUUGGCCUAGUUACUUGUGCCUAAAAUUAGCAUUCUUUGUAUGAUCCAGUUCAGUGCAAAACUCCACUAGAAUAACCAUCACACACACAAAAAUAUUAAUUUCUAGACGGUUUGGGUUUACACAAUUUAGGGUAAAUUUGCAGAUGGGGACUAUGUCCAAGUGGGGUGUAAUUUAAUGCCUCCACUAAAACAGAUGUAAUAUAAUCUAAUUCCUAAUUUCCUGAUCAAGCCAUCAAAGAAGUAACUGAUGGGUUAGCUCCUAUCCUCACAGCAGAAAUGAGAGGUAUAAAGAGGUCUACUUACUCCAUAUCAGAUGGUCUUUGUUCUACCCUUUAAGUGUGAUGUAGCCUAUCUUUCCUUUCGGUCCCUGCAAUGAUACCUCUAAACUAUCUUUUAUGGGGGCAAAUGGAACUUUGCAAAUAUAAAAAUUAUUAUCUGGGCAGUUUGAUCAUGGAGUCUCCAUGGUCAUGGGGUGUCAAUACAGGUCUAUUCAAAAUCAGGGCCUAUCUAUUUUUUUCCUGACAGGAUGGGAUUUUUGUAAUCUUAUGGUUGUCAAUGCACAAUUUAUUUAAAAGUUCAGAUCGUGUUUGUGAAUU